AUGUCACCGGCAGGUGUGGAUAUUUCUCGUCCUCUCGAACCGCUCCCACAACCCUUUGGAGCAAUCACUGUAAAGAAGAAGGAUACAUCGCCACCAUUGGGAAGGUUGUCUUCCUUUGGCUAUUUCACGGCAGGUGAAAAUGGUGGUAUAUCUGGAGGUUUCUUAGCCUCCCCGAGCAGCGGUAGCGAUGGCGGGGCAGUGUUACGACUUGGGGGAUCGCCAAAGGCCCCCGCACCUGAGCCGCCACCUCACCCACCAGCAGGCAAAGCCCCAGCACCCCCUGAAAGGCAGGACGGGACAGCUCCUUUAGCACCCGUCAACUUCUCGAUACUUGCUUCGACUCGACGUGCAAGGCCAAAUUCUCAACAAAAAUAUGGCCGUUUAUCUCGAAAGUUGAGCGGUAAAAGUAUGGACCGAAGACCCUCAAGCGUAACCAGUAGUCGUCGGCUCUCACUUGCCCCAGGCAAUGGGAAACCGCCCUAUGGUGGACCACCGGGAUAUGGGGUUCCUAAGAGAUCAUGGAGAAAAAGUAUCACAAACCCAGCCCAGUGGGCAGGAGGCGGGCGGGGGUUGAGAGAGAGCGAUGGCUCUUUCGAGACAGUCUCGACAGAGAUAUUCAAUCAAAUAACUCAGAUCGGCCAAGUCAAUCAUCUCGAUCAUCCUAGUAUUAGGUUAGUUGGCGCUGGGUCCGAGGUGAGCGAAGAGCGGGAGCGGUUGGGCUUCGGCCGACCAAAAGGAUCCUCACCAUUCUUCGCAGGCUCGGUAAAUGCCUGGAGGGGGAUCUCGAAGAUGCCGUUGGGUGAUAUGGCUUCACCAAGAGAAGAAGAGCUUGAGGAUCAAGAGAGUCUUAUAGACGACGUUAUACGAGCCAUAAGUCGCGAGCCAAGCCAGACAAGGACUAUCGGUACCUAUUCCUCUAUCAACCUGCCAGAAACACCACUCCGGCGAUAUGAAAGCACCCGCCGCCCCGGGAACGUUGGAGCGUCCUCGUCGUUUUCGAACUUGCGGCAAUACCCGAUGGGAAGUAUGGGGAACGAAAGCGACCCCGGCUUCUCGCACAUGACUGACGAGAGCAGCCGACGAGUCUGGCAUCCGAGUCAGUCUCGGGAAAGUGGGAUAACCGCCCUGAGCCAGGGUACGUCCUCGUAUUAUCAAUACGAGCCAAUUGAAUUUGGGGUUGCCGUGACGUCUGCUGCAGCCAAGGUGGAAGGGUUGAGGAUUUCAGGCAGAAGCUGUGAGAAUGCACGACAUUCUGGAGUCUCCGAAAGGACUGGGGGGGAAGGAGUGCUGCCACGUGCAAAGCUAGUAGAUUUCACCAAGAAGCGGCCUAUUAGUAUCAGCGAGGACAAUAUGGGAGAUGGUAACAUCAAGAGCAGUUUUCCAGGGGAUAUGGCAUUUUUGUAA